AUGAAUUUUUAUGUGACAUUUUUGUUUAACAAUACGACAAGCACAAUUCCUGAUGAGAUCGGUCAUCUUUAUAACUUGAAGAAGUUAAUCAUGGAAAAAAAUGAAUUAAGAGGCUCAAUCCCUUUAACCAUAUUCAACAUUUCAUCACUUGAAAUGUUAUAUAUGAGUGAUAACAUGCUUGAAGGACCUUUAGCAAGAGACGUUGGCAAUUUCACUAUGCUUAACGUACUUGAUCUUUCAAUGAAUAACCUGACAGGUUUUUGGAUACUUCUACUUUUGCUAAGCUUACUGAAUUUUGCAAGUGUAAUUCCGGAUGAAGUCGGCAACCUUCAAGGGUUAGCAAAGCUUUCAUUGUAUUUGAAUAACUUUAAUGGGUCGAUCCCUAUUGGUAUCUUCAAUAUCUCAACUCUUGUAAUUAUUUCACUCACAGAUAACCGCUCAGAUAAUCUUCCUUCCACUAUAGACCAUGGGUUACCUAAUGUUGAAGGAAUAUUUCUAGGUUCAAUUCCUGAAUCACUAGGAAAUUUAAGACUACUUGAAGUUCUCAACUUGUAUGGUAACUCGUUCACAAGUGCACUGAGCGUUAUUACUCCUUUGGCCAAUUGUAAACACUUGAGAAGCUUGAUAUUGUCUUUGAAUAUCGUAAAUGCAAUGCUUCCUAAAUCCAUUGGCAAUCUCUCUUCUCUUCAAAUGCUUUCGGCAGUAGGUUGUAAUCUCAAAGGCAAUGUUCCAAGUGAGAUAGGAAAUUUGAGAAAUUUAUCUUAUUUAGAUCUGGAGGAUAAUGACUUGACUGGCAUUGUCCCAACGACAAUUAGUCCUUUGAAAAACCUUCAAUGGCUUUCACUUGGUGCAAACAGAAUAAGUGGUCGUUUUCCAAUUGUUUUAUGUGAGCUAUCCAACUUGGGAAUGCUAAACCUUUCACAAAAUCAAAUGUGGGGAAGUAUUCCUAGUUGCUUGGAGAAUAAGACUUCUCUAUGGGAGCUUUAUCUUGAUUCCAAUAACUUCACUGCUAGCAUACCUUCAAGUCUAUGGAACCUUCAAGGCAUCUUGAAGUUAAAUUUGUCUUCGAAUUUGUUCAAUGGUUCUCUACCACAGGAAAUUGGAAACCUCAAGGCUGCAAUACUUCUGGAUCUUUCUAGAAACCAUAUCUCAGGCAUCAUUCCUAGUACAACGGGAGGUCUACAAAAAUUGAUUCAACUAUCUUUGGCUUACAACAGAAUUGAAGGAUCCAUUCCUGAGACAUUUGGGGAACUUAUAAAUUUGGAAUCAUUGGAUCUUUCAUAA